GCUGGAACGGUGCAUGCCGGGACGAGUAGAUUCCGUCUCUGAACGGCUCGGAGGAGUAGUCUUUCCCCUCCUGAAUGCCGCCACUCUGCAGUCCAGCGUAUUUGAAGAUCAAGCCGAAAUUGAGAGACUGACGAGAAUGGUCCCUUUUUAUUCCUAACAGAUUUGUUGCGACAAGGAAACCGGCAGUCUUCCGUUUCCGGUUGCUGUUGCCGUAGUAACCGCACGCAUAACAGCCGUGGUGGUUAUGGCGGGCCUCAGUUGCGCGCAGAUCCCCGACGGGGAGUUCACCGCGGUCGUGUACCGCCUCAUCCGCAAUGCACGCUACGCCGAGGCGGUGCAGCUGCUGGGCCGAGAGCUGCAGCGGAGCCCUAGGAGCCGUGCCGGCCUGUCGCUGCUAGGCUACUGCUACUACCGCCUGCAGGAGUUCGCGCUGGCGGCCGAGUGCUAUGAGCAGCUGGGCCAGCUGCACCCGGAACUGGAGCAGUACCGCCUGUACCAGGCCCAGGCCCUGUACAAGGCCUGCCUUUACCCGGAGGCCACUCGGGUCGCCUUCCUUCUCCUGGAUAACCCCGCCUACCACAGCCGGGUCCUCCGCCUACAAGCUGCCAUCAAGUACAGCGAGGGCGAUCUGCCAGGGUCCAGGAGCCUAGUAGAGCAGCUGCUGAGUGGGGAAGGGGGAGAGGAAAGUCGGGGCGAGAAUGAGACCGAUGGCCAGGUCAACCUGGGUUGUUUGCUCUACAAGGAGGGACACUAUGAAGCUGCAUGCUCCAAGUUUUCUGCCGCACUGCAGGCCUUGGGCUACCAGCCUGACCUUUCCUACAACCUGGCUUUGGCGUAUUACAACAGCCGACAGUAUGCUUCAGCACUGAAGCAUAUCGCUGAGAUUAUUGAGCAUGGCAUCCGCCAGCACCCUGAGCUAGGUGUGGGCAUGACCACUGACGGCUUUGAUGUUCGCAGUGUUGGCAACACCUUAGUCCUCCAUCAGACUGCUCUGGUGGAAGCCUUCAACCUUAAGGCAGCCAUAGAAUACCAACUGAGAAACUAUGAGGCAGCUCAAGAAGCCCUCACUGACAUGCCACCCAGGGCAGAGGAAGAGUUGGACCCUGUGACCCUACACAACCAGGCACUAAUGAACAUGGAUGCCAGGCCUACAGAAGGGUUUGAAAAGCUACAGUUUUUGCUCCAACAGAAUCCCUUUCCUCCAGAGACUUUUGGCAACCUGUUGCUGCUCUACUGUAAAUAUGAGUAUUUUGACCUAGCAGCAGAUGUCCUGGCAGAAAAUGCCCAUUUUAUUUAUAAGUUCCUCACACCCUAUCUCUAUGACUUCUUGGACGCUGUGAUCACUUGCCAGACAGCUCCUGAAGAGGCUUUCAUUAAGCUUGAUGGGCUAGCAGGGAUGCUGACUGAGGUCCUCCGGAAACUCACGGUACAAGUACAGGAAGCAAGACACAAUAGAGAUGAUGAAGCUAUCAAAAAGGCAGUGAAUGAGUAUGAUGAAACCAUGGAGAAAUAUAUUCCUGUGUUGAUGGCUCAGGCAAAAAUCUACUGGAAUCUUGAAAAUUAUCCAAUGGUGGAAAAGAUCUUCCGUAAAUCUGUGGAAUUCUGUAACGACCAUGAUGUGUGGAAGUUGAAUGUGGCUCAUGUUCUGUUCAUGCAGGAAAACAAAUACAAAGAAGCCAUUGGUUUCUAUGAACCCAUAGUCAAGAAGCAUUAUGAUAACAUCCUGAAUGUCAGUGCUAUUGUACUGGCUAAUCUCUGUGUUUCCUAUAUUAUGACAAGUCAAAAUGAAGAAGCAGAGGAGUUGAUGAGGAAGAUUGAAAAGGAAGAAGAGCAGCUCUCUUAUGAUGACCCGGAUAAGAAAAUGUACCAUCUCUGCAUUGUGAAUUUGGUGAUAGGAACUCUUUAUUGUGCCAAAGGAAAUUAUGACUUUGGUAUUUCUCGAGUUAUCAAAAGCUUGGAACCUUACAACAAAAAGCUGGGAACAGACACCUGGUAUUAUGCCAAAAGAUGCUUCCUGUCCUUGUUAGAAAACAUGUCAAAACACACAAUCAUGCUUUGUGAUAGUGUUAUUCAAGAAUGUAUCCAGUUUCUAGAACACUGUGAACUUCAUGGCAGAAACAUACCUGCUGUUAUUGAACAACCCCUGGAAGAAGAAAGAAUGCAUGUUGGAAAGAAUACAGUCACAUAUGAGUCUAGGCAGUUAAAAGCUUUGAUUUAUGAGAUUAUAGGAUGGAAUAUAUAGUAACAGCUGAUAAUGGCAUUUAUCAAAUGGCUUUGUUAUGUAAAUUUGCAUUGCUUUAUUUAACCUUUGGCAUCUUUAUAUUUGUUACAUGUUGAACUUUGUACACUUAUGCAUUAUAAAAAAAAAGUAGUUAAAACUUUUGCUGUUAAAUUUCCCAGAAAGUGAAAUAUUCCAAGAACUUUUACCCCAGGAGUUAUGAAAAAUUCCAAACUUAUGAGGAAUGUUUAUAUCAGAAGUUGUAAUAGGUUUGUUUCCUUUCCUCUGUUAUCUUUUGUGCUUUGACGCAUCUUGAGGGGCCUUUGCACAAGGAUUACAUCAUUCAGGGACCAAGCACUAUCUCAGUAAUAGUUAAGAGUAGUCUUUAAAUAAUCAUUUCAGGGAUUGUGUGUUCUAGUCUCACAAUUUACACUCAUUAAUUUGUAAUGCAUACUUUUUAUAUAGACCUUAGGAUAUUUUGGCAGUGUUUAUUAAUAUGGAUAUAAUGCUUUACCUAACCAAAAUUCCUUAGGUUAUAAGUGGGUUUUUUUUUUGUUUUUUUUUUUUUUUUUUUUGAGACGGAGUCUCCUUGUCGCCCAGGCUGGAGUGCAGUGGCGCAAUCUCGGCUCACUGCAAGCUCCGCCUCCCGGGUUCACGCCAUUCUCCUGCCUCAGCCUCUCCGAGUAGCUGGGACUACAGGUGCCCGCCACCACGCCCGGCUAAUUUUUUUUUUUUUUGUAUUUUUAGUAGAGACGGGGUUUCACCGUGGUCUCAAUCUCCUGACCUCGUGAUCCGCCCGCCUCGGCCUCCCAAAGUGCUGGGAUUACAAGUGUGAGCCACCGCGCCCGGCCAUAAGUGGGUUUUUUUUAACGUGCAAAAGUCAGUAAAAAAUGUUGUUGCCUUAACAAAAUUAUGGUGCUAUAAUGUAGAGACAAUGAAUGAUUAUCAAAGAACAAAUUUCUCUGGUUUUCUUUUGUUCCUUUUAAUAGUUUAAAUAUAUGAACAAGAUACACUGUUACUAUUUUCCAUGAUAACUUUUAAAAUAUCUAUCUCUGUGAGAAAUAACAGAGCUAUCCUGAGAACUCAGAGGUUUGUUUAAGAGACACAGGUUUUGUUAUGUUUGUUGCCCAGGCUAGUAUCCAGCUCCUAGGCUUAAGCACUCCCACUUCAGCUUCCCAAGUAGCUGGGACUACUGGCGCAAAUCACUGGGUCCAGUUCUCAGUUCUUAAUUCCUACCUUUGUGUUUGCAAUUUAGGACAUGCUGGGUGUACAGUGUUUCCAUGUUGUAGCCUCUUGGAUAAGGAAAAAUCUCAGCCACCAGGUCUGACCAGAAAGGUCAAUUCUAAGUUGUAAUGUUCAUGUCCGCAACUCCCAAAAGUUAUUUGGAGUUCCCACUGGGAACCACAUGCAUUCUGAUCAGGCAUUUUAUUUUCUGAACCUUACAAGAGGCUAUUUGAUUUCUCACUCCUCACUCCUCUCUUCCCACAAAAAGUAACUGUCAAUCCUAACUUGACCUGGCUUAGAAAAAUCAAGUGUAUUAAUUAGAUUGAAUCAUAUGAAGUUGUUGAUUUUGACAGUUUUUGAUGUACAAAACUAGCAGUUUCUCAUAGCUCAACCUAGUAGCUUUCUUCUGAAUGAUAGGGAACCUUUGCCAUAAUGAGAUGAUUUUUUCCUUCAAGGAAAAGGAACCACUUAGCCACAUAAGUACUGAUAAGAAACACACUCAGCAUAAUUCCUCUGUAGCAUGACCUCCCGAGUGCUCAAAUUGUAUUAUACCAGGAAAUUUGGCUUAUUGUGAAGUUCAAUGGUUUUGAAUUUAUGGCAUUUUAAAUCUUAAUUAUCUGAGCUGCUAUCAUUUACUACUGAUGCUUUAGUCUCACAUGUGGAGGACAAGCAAUGUUUAGUGACCUCUUCACUGCAUCCCAUAGCACAUUCAAUGUCUGGGAAAUGUUCUUUGUUUAACAACUUCUGUACUAAAAAUGUUGCUGCAGUAGCUUUGUGCCCCUGUCAAUCUUGGUAGCCCCUUAAGAUUUAGAAAGUAAAUGAACUGAAAUCUUGUUUUCAAUGGCCAUAUUAAAAUUCUGUUUUUUUCCUGUUUCUUUUAAA